AUGUCAUCAGCGGUGGGCAAGGCUCGACGCCAGAAGGCGCGCAAAGCCGCAGCACGACCCGCACCCAUGGAAGGUUCCUUGCGCAUCCUGGGCCUUGGUGGUUGUUUGUGCACCGUAUCGGUGGACAUGGCGGCACCGGUUGCCGCGGCCCAGAAGGUGAUUGCCAAGUCUGCUGGAAUUCCAGUGGGAGAGCAGCAACUUAUCUGCCGUGACCGUGAACUUUCCGCCCAUGAGAUCUUGGGCGAUGCCCUUGGGGAGGAUGACGAGGUGACCCUCCUCCGGUGUGAUGCAAAAGCCUUGGCAAUCAAGUCAGCCAUGCGCACAGGAGCCCUAGCUCUAGAACGGGCCAGGCGCAUGGCAAUGCAGCGCGCUGGCGAUGAGGUCGGAGAUGUACGGAGAAUGGGCUCGAGUGCUUUGAGAUGA